AUGAACGCACCAUCAAAUCGAACCAACAGGGCGGGACAAAAGCAACACAAGAUUUAUUAUUACGGCUCAAAUAUGCACUUUUCGGCCCUUUUCACGUGAUGUAGUGGUGACAUCUAUUCUUAUUCACUCGAGUCUUCACGAAUAUAGUGUUGAUAAGUCCUAAAUAUGCUGCACGACCUUCUUUUAGCGGUGACAGGACACGGAGGCGAUGUUUUUGUGGAAAAGGAAUCUCGUUUUGAGAUUGCAAACGACUUGGGAUUCUUCCACCCCAGUGAGAUUGCGAUCAUCCAUCAGCUGCUAAAUCUCGGUUAUCACUACAAGAAAGUGAAGAUAUUUUGUGACAAUUAUGAUACGGUACAGAUUAAGAAGGAUGCAGAUUACCGUGGAGGGCUAUACCUCUCCUCCCUGGCUGUAGCUCUCAGGAAGACCAUACAAGAGUAUCACUCAGCAGUUGUGGAGCUCGAGCUGAAGCUAAUGAAUGACCCCCAGUUACCACUCAGUCAGCUGUUAUUGGCUCUGCAACCAUUAGCUCCUCUAAUUGCUGCUGUUUCUACUCUUGUGACAGAGAUUGAAAAUCAGAAAGUUCGUGGCUGCAUGAUCCUCGAGGUUUUGCACAAACACACAGCAAAUUCAGUGGCUUAUAUAAAGGAGGUGUUGAUGAGAGUGGAACAAGCAGUCCAUUCUGUUUUGUAUGAUCAGCUGACACACUGGCUUUUGUAUGGACAGUUGCUAGAUCCUCACAAUGAAUUGUUUAUACAUACAUCUAAGGCAGAUUCUAGUGAUAAAGCUGAUCAGACACCAGAUGUGGAAGGUUUGAACUUGGAGGAAAAAGAAGAUGUGAUUCAAAAGACAGAAUGCAAGUUGCGGUUGGAAAUGCUGCCCAAUCACAUUCCUCUUCUUGUGGCAGAGAAGAUUUUAUUUAUUGGGGAAUCAAUUCUUAUUUUUGAAAGAGAAGGAAAAAAUGGCAGUGUGGAUGCAUCAUCGGUAUCGUCUCUCUGUGGUUUGGUCCUCAAGAGUAGGGAGGAGGAAUUUUUGCAGCUGAUACAAAGUUUGGCAAAUACUCCAACCUUUUCCAUCAUUCAGUUUAGUCAAGUUAUUGAAACUAUUAGGCAUUGUGUGUCUCAGCAACUUUGGACCCUAGUUCUGGAAGCAGGACUGGUGGCAGAACUGGCAGACCUAAAAGCUGUGUUCCUCCUUGGCCGAGGUGAACUCUACCAGACGUUAAUCCCCGCUAUAACACCUUUCUUUCAUAACAAUUCUGUUGCUACCAAUGUGGAUGGGCUGUUCCAGCUAGCAGGUCAACAAGUGCUUCUAGAGGAAGGAAUGUUAGAAAAGUUCACCCUCUCGCUAAAGCCACAGUCGCCAAAAUCGGCUCCAGCUAACAUUCAGCAAGGUGAACGAAGCUGGAAGAUUUUGAGGCUAGACUACAAUGCCAAGUGGCCACUCCACAAGCUCUUAACACCGGCUGUUCAAGACAAGUAUAACGCAAUCUUCACUUUCCUCCUGGAUGUACGGCGAGCUCAGUACCGCCUGCAACAGCUUUGGAUCAUACAGAUGAGGGCGAAAAACAAUGAAGAUGCUGCAACUUCAGUUUUGCAGUGGGCACUAAGACACCAUAUGAAUCUUCUGAUUGACAAUAUCCAGUAUUAUUUGCAGGUUGAUGUGCUGGAAUCGCAAUACUGGCAGCUGAUUGAGGAGAUUGGGAAGACUCGUGACUAUCAGCACCUGGCUAGCACCCACCACAACUUCUUGGUGUCCAUCACUGCGCAGUGCUUCCUCAACAACCAGAUGGUCAGCAAUGCACUCCAACGACUCUUGAAGCUCAUCCACAACUUCUGUACCAUGAUGGAAACUACAUGGAGCAGCGACAGCAAAAGAAUUCCUCUCUUUGAUUCUACCACCAGCUCGGAGCAGUCAUCCAUUACUGACAGGGCAAAACAGAUUAAGGAGUUCAGUGAAGCCUUCGAACGUGCCGCUGCUCAGCUUUUCUUGAUCCUCUCCAACCUCAAGCUCCAUCAGGGGUCACAGUACACCUCGCAGCUGAUUAUGCGAAUUGAUUAUAACAAGUUUUGCAGCAAGAGUGCCACCGUGAGACGGUUUACUUCACCUCUUGAGGUCGAGUAGUUAUUCAAAAGAAUGGUACUUGUUUCUUGUUGUGUUGCAUAUGUAUAUUUGGUAUCCUAUAUGUAUAAUUAUAAGAAAAAUAAACUAUAUAUGUGA